AUGUCUGCCCGAGCAACUCACAAUGCGUGGAAUGUUGAUGAGACCCUCUCAGGUUGUUCCAUCGUGAACUCGUUUGUGGAUAUAAUGAGCGAGGAGAAAGUGCGUGAGUUACAGAAAGAGGAUACCAUGAAUUCGCAAGAACCGACCACACAGCCGGAUGCAGCCAAAGAUUGUGAUAAAAAACCGAUGGUCAGUGAAGAUAGGUGCGCCGACGACCAUCUUUUGGCUUUGAUGUUGCAGAACGAAUACAAUCACGAACACGAUGAGUUACUACUUCGAGAAGAAAAAAAGUUUAACGGAAACGAUAAAGUGGCACUGUCCUUCGAAAAUUAUCGGCCUAGAAAACUCGUGUCCGACGAAGAUUCAAGCGAGGAUGACGAGGACCUUCGCGAGUCUUUGAAUCAGAAACUCGACAGUUUCAAGAAACCGUCGUUCGGAUCACACGGCGUGAUUCUGCAUAACGGUAAACUCGUUUCGAAGCAUGACAUUGUCUUGUGCGGUCGUGACAAUGCUUCGAGACUGUUAGAGUUUCCUCCGGACAUCUUAACCGGCGACGCGGUCAAAAUCGACUUGCAGUUACCGAACAGAGUUUAUAAUUCGUUGAAAAGUCACAGUAUGAGUCAAGGGAAACGUCGAAAUCGAAUACACGAAAAGAAAGACAAAUCUACGACUGUAAGUCUACUGUCGCCGGCGGUGCACCGAUCGUCGUUCGUCAUCCCGCCGUCAGAUCGCGCUCAUCUCAUGCUGCUCCAGUUUGAAGCUUAUUCGCGGCUGGAGUGGGCAGUGGAUGCGAAGACACGUUUAGUGCUGUAUAAAAUGGUCAACAGCGGCGUACUUGAUUCAGUCAGUGGCAUCAUCUCCACGGGCAAAGAAGCAGCAUUGUUUCACGCGCUUGGCGGAACAUGGAAAGGAAAGGAUCUUCCAAAAGAAUGUGCUAUUAAGGUGUUCAAAACUACUCUGAAUGAGUUUAAAAACCGUUCAGAGUACGUUCAGAAUGAUUACAGGUUUAGAAAUCCCAGGAAAGUAAUGAAAGUUUGGGCUGAGAAAGAACUGGUUAACCUCAAUAGGUUGAGAAGAGCUGACAUUCCGUGUCCUGAACCGAUCCGACUUAGAAACCAUCUACUUUUGAUGUCUUUUAUCGGAGAAGAUGGUAUUCCUGCUCCAAAACUGAAAGAAGUUGAUUUUGACAGCGAAGAGCUAGCAAGCUUGUAUGAAAGCUGUGUCGCGAUAAUGCAAAAAAUGUUCAAAGAUUGCGGCCUGGUGCACGGUGAUUUGAGCGAGUUUAAUAUUUUGUAUUGGAAAGGUGACCUGUGGAUAAUCGACGUUGCUCAAGCUGUUGACAUCUCACAUCCUCGAAGUUUGGCAUUUUUAGCAAGAGACUGCGAAAACAUAACAGAGCUAAAAUAUGACAAGAAGAAUCCCGCGGAUUGUGUUUUGCGCUCAGUGAACAACAGCGCAGGUUCGGUUGACUUUCCUUCAGAACCGCACGCUGAAACGCCACCCGUGAUCGAAGCCCUUUCUGAUUCAGCAGAGGUUCAGAAUUGA